AUGCCUCCCGUGUACUUCAACAAAGUCCGGGGUAUUCCCCACACCCAUUACCUAGUCAUCCGCAUGAAGGCAUCACUGGAUAUGGACAUCUGCCAGCGCGUGGGCAUGUCCCUUCGUGCGGCUUUCGUUGUCGGCCAGCUUGCUUUUGGGUGUCUUGUUGUGCCAAUGAGUUCUGGUGUUGUGGGUUCUGGUGCUCUGGCCGGGUGCCUUUUUAUCUCUGCGAAUCUAAAUGCUGCUGCAUUUGAAAUGCACCUGAAAGCGACAGUCGGCUUAUCAGACUUUGAAUUGGUAUUGGACCUUGGACAAGGUGAUAUGGUCUACAUUCAUUAG